GUGAUCUGAAGAUUGGCUGUGCGCUACCUUGACUGGUAGCGCUCCCCAACUGAUCUCAUCCAUGUUAGAGUUACUGUACAUAGAGUGCAUGCUAGGAGUUUUCAGAAAACUAAUUGCUGCCAAGGAAGUCUUCCAUUAAUCUGCCCAUUUUUUACCCUGUAGUACAAAACGUUAAAUAAUUCACAGGCCUGUGUGGGGGAAAUAUAAUGUUUGUCUCAAAUGUCAUCAAAUAUUUUUUACUGUUGGAUAAUUCAUGCACAAAUAGUGGGAGUAGCUUGACUGAUAAGGGCUGGGGUUACAAAUAAAGUCCUGCCCCUUACCAAGAUGGGGGAUGGGAGGGUAUAAAACAAAUAUUUGUGCCCACUGAAGCAUAAGGAAGUCAAAAACCUGUGUGCUUCUUGCUCUAUGUCUGUUCUUGAAUUUCCCACAUAGACCUGUACUAAAGAUGUUGUCACGAAAUCUUUUCAUUGCUUCAGUAGCAUUUGUCUUUCUGGCAACAGCAGUUUCAGCUGCUCCUGUUGAAGACAAAGACCCAGAGGAAAAUGAUUUUGAAGCAGAGGAGGGUGAGGAAGAGCUCUCGGAGGAAGAAGAGGAUGAUGAUGACUCCAAAGGUCAACAUAUGAAGGGAGCUGGAGCCCAGCAAGCCACAAUGGUGCCCAAGGGCCCCGGUGUGACUGUUCUACCUGGCACUUCUCCGGUGGGCGAACCUCCAAAUGGUCACAAAGUGAAUGGAGCGGGUGCUGCACAGACAAGCCUUAUCUCAUCAAGUGGCUCCUCAGCAGCAGCAGCUGGUGCUGAUGGAAGUAACGGAAGAGACUCCCAAGCCUUGCCCUCAAGUUCUCAAGGUGCUGUUUUAAGUGUGGCUGGUCACGGGAGCUCAGGGUCAAAGGUCCCUGGUGCAGCUGAUACUGCUUACUCAGACACUGUUUCUCAUGGGUCACCAAGCCAAGUAUCACUGAGCCAUGUGUCAUCAGGCCAAGUGUCUUCAAGCCAUGUGUCAAGUCUGAUUACAUCAGAACAGAUGAGUGGUUCAGCUUUCGUUUCCUCUGAAGUCCAGUCGCAAACGGAGGAAGCAGCAACUACAGAUUUACCUACACAUGAAUAUGGAGACAAUGGUGAAAGCCUGACACUUCAGAUUGGAUCACAAAUUGAAGCUCCAGGCUCAGAGUCUGUAAUAGAGACACCAGAGACUGAGGCCAAUGGUAAUGGACACAAACAACUCAUCAAUGGACAAGAGACAGGACACCCAGGCAUGAAUAACUUCAUGGAGGGCACGACUCAAAUAGACUCGACAGGUGGUUUUGACUCAUUUGGUUCCAAUCUGGAAUUUACAGGUAUUAUAGACCAUUCCCGCCAUGACUUCCUUAUUGGUUUAAUGGGUGGCAUUGGGGAUAGCUUUGCUCCGGAUCCCUACACCGACACUAUAGGUAUGCCUUCAGACCACACCGAAGCUCCCUCAGAUGGUAUGCUCACAUGUCUAAUCAAUGAUGCUAUUUCAGCAGAUCACAUCGGACUUCCUUUUCAGGUAGAGACAACAGGAGCUGGACUAGAUCCUGGACUGCCAGCCAUUAUCAGUUCAGCUCGACCAGCUCCUCAGUCUGCAGGAAACGGGCUAGUUGCUUCUGCCAGUGUGACCUCUGACAAUGGUGCUCAGUACAACGUUCCUGGAGAUGUGACAGAGGGUGCUGAAAACAAUGGUGCUGAUUCACCCAGUAUAAAUGGCAAUGGCCGUCUCAGACCGGUUACAGACCUGCACAAAGGUGAUCCUUCUGGGACCGACACCCACCUUUACACAACAGGUGAACACCAUGGACUCAUCACACACACACACACAGCAGAAACCCUGGAUGUUAAGGACCCCACCAUUAUCCCCGUCACCAAAAUCCCCUCGGAAGCCGCAGUUACAUCACGUGCUGCAGGUGUGGGAACGCAAGCGGACAUGACAGCAGGUUUAGAAGGCGAACCAGUGACCAAUGGACACAGACAAAUCGACAUAACAAUCAUGGGUGAUUCCAUCUACACGUCUAGACCAGCAGAUACAUUAGGCUAUGAAAGCACUGGUGUGACUGAAGGAAUCUCAAAUCAUACAGAUUCUAUGGUUGAUACUAGGGCUGGAUUUACAGAUGCCUCACAGACACACAGUAGCAUGAUUCAGACAGAGCUCAUAGUCACAGGGGAUCCAGUUGGAGUCUCCUCACAGACAGAUGCUACAGGAACAGCUGUAGCUGAACCUCAAGGGACUCUCAGGGGUCUAAGCCAACCUGGUGCUACUGAACAGACACAAGCAGCUGUUUCAGCAGGUGAACAGUACCACACAUCUGGUCAGGGUCCUGAAGGUGCAGAAAAUGUGGAACUGGAAGAUACCUGCUGACUUUCACAUGAAGCCGCGCGUGAAGUUUCUGCGCUACAGAUUUCAGUGUAUGGACCAGUCGGCCUGGCAGAGGAACAGCGACCCCAACCACUAGCCUUAGCUUUGAUUCAUGCGCCUCAGUUUUUAUUUUAUUACAUGUUUAACUAUUUAAACAUUACGAUGACACUGUAAUGAACAUUUUAUUGCACCUGUUUGUAAUUUUAAGUGGCCACAUUAUGAAAUUUCUUUAAUGAGAAAGGGAGAGGGACGAAUUUAAUCAUGGAGGGAGGGGAAGGGAGAGGGAGGGGAGUGGGG